AUGGCGACCAAGGCCAUCUUCUUCUUUGUAUCCGCCUUGUGCCUGUCGUCUCUAGCCGGUAAAGCUAUGGCCGAUGCCGAUGACUUUGACAGUUUCAAAAUUCAAGGAUCGGUUUACUGUGACACAUGCCGUGUCCAAUUCGUCACCCGUCUCAGCAAAUUCCUUGAAGGAGCGAAAGUGAAGCUAGAGUGCAGGAGCAGAACAAACGGAACCGUGGCGUUGACAAAAGAAGCCGUAACGGACAACACAGGCAGCUACACAAUGGAAGUGACCGGUGACCACGAGGAGGAAGUCUGCGAGCUCGUUCUCCUUCAAUCACCUGACAGUGCUUGCAGUGAUGUCAGCCAAGAUGCUUACCUACGUAACGCCGCUAAGGUUAGCCUGACGGCCAAUGACGGUAUUGUCUCUCACGAGACCCGAAUUGUUAACCCUCUCGGUUUCAUGGUCAAGACGCCGUCACCUGAAUGUCCCGCCGCUUUUAAGGAGCUUGGGAUCGUUCCUGACGUCACCUUCUAA